AGGUUGUAGAACUAAUAGAAGAACCUAAAGAGGAAAAGAAAAAAGACAACACAGAAUUAGAGAAGUACUGGAAACCAGUGCGGUCCAACCCCGGGGACUUCACAGGAUGGACAUACCUUCUGCAAUAUGUAGAGCAAGAGCGCAAAGUCUGAGACACAGAGCAUCUUUCUUAUAUUGGGUGAAAUAGAUGCAGCAAGAGAAGGUUAUGAGGAAUUCCUGGCUCAUUAUCCUUAUUGCUACGGCUACUGGAAGAAGUACGCAGACAUUGAGAAACGUCACAACAACCUUGAUCAGGCUAUUGACGUGAGUAUCAUGACCUUGGACUACGUUUUCGUCUGUCCAAUUUGUAGCAUACACUUCUUGGCUUGAUUGGUUAAAUCUGCUAUUUUGUUUUUCUCGAUAUAACAGAACAUGCAUUUUUUUCAGGGAAUGCAGAUUGCUGUGCCAGUUCUAGCCUUCUCUCUGUUUAUUGGAAUUUCCCUAAUAAAAUUGAGAAACCACUCAACUAUGAAUUUCAUGUAGCAAUGGCUAUGGUUCUUUGUGUUCUUGUAUCAUUCGUCGCUAGCCUAAUUACGUUGCAUUGUGAAUUUGUCAUUAUAAACGCGAUGAAAUUUUAAUUGUAGAUGUUAUGAAAACGUAUAAUAAAUUUUCAUUCCAGAGAAUAUUCAUUAAAUUGAUCAAGUUAUGAUGUAUAACUAAGCAGUGAAAAAAAUCCCCUGUUUUCAUUGGUUAGCUUAAUUCUUGCUAACGGCUAUAACCGGGCAUGGUAAUCCAGUUUGGACGCGCACCUCGACCGUGACAUAAUACAGGGGGCCACGGUUUCACACGUAGCUGAUGGUGUUUGAAAGGGGAGUACAAUCGAUCCCUCUUAGCUCUGAACUCUGGCUUCACUACAUACAGUUCUAUAUAAAGGAAUUGAAGAAUGUGGAGGGAACUAGGAAACUAUACGAAAGGGCAAUCACAGCUGCAGGGACAGAUUUUCGCUCCGACAAACUCUGGGAUAACUACAUCAACUGGGAGAAGAUGACUGACUUACAGAGAGUGACAGGCCUUUAUGACCGGCUCUUCAGGAUUCCCACACAGUUGUACAGCCACCAUUAUGACAAUUUCAAGAAGCAUGUUUUGAACCACCACCCAAAACAGAUUCUCGACCUAGACGAGUUCAUACGUCUUCGUCUGGAGGUAGUGAGUGAGACAGACCCCAGCUCCCUACCCCCCUCUGACGAUGCUCCGCCCGGAGAGGAAGCUCCACCAGGCAUAGAACCCGGAGAUGACAAGGAGGGAGGGAGCCUGCCUGGUGAUGUAGAAGAGAUUAACAAAGUUCGUGACAAGAUUUUGAAGGAACGAGAGGUGGCAUUUAAACAGAAUGAGGAGGAGGUCAGCAAACGAUGGACCUUCGAGGAGGGGAUAAAGAGGCCAUACUUCCAUGUAAAGCCAUUGGAGCGAUCUCAGCUGAAGAACUGGCGGGAAUACCUGGACUUCGAGAUCCAGAACGGGAUGCAUGAGAGGGUUGUCGUGCUGUUUGAGAGGUCUAUGAUAGCUACAGCACUGUAUGAGGACUUCUGGCUUAAGUAUGCACGUUACCUGGAGGACCACUUCAUGGACUUGAAGAAAGCUGCAGAGGACACAGAGAAGACUGUACAAUUGGAUGAACAAUGUCUCCAGGCUGUACGGAGUGUGUACAAGCGAGCGUGUACCGUCCAUCUACCCAAGAAACCAUACGUCCAUCUGGCCUGGGCUGCGUUUGAGGAGAGACAGGGUCGCCAUAAUGAUGCUUGGAAAAUUUUGUCAAAUUUGGAAGAAGUCUUACCUGGGAUGGUAAUGGUUGCAAUGCGCCGUAUCAGCCUGGAGCGUAGAAUCGGAAAUCGGGAAAAAACGGAGAUUCUCUUCCAGGAAUAUAUCGAAAAGGCCUCCGAUUUGAAUGUCCGAGCUUUUUACGUCAUCAAAUAUGCAAGAUAUAUGUUUAAGGUACUAGGUGAUGAAAUCCGAGCCAGAAAAAUUCUGAUGGACGCACUGGAAAAAGAUCCUCGUAAUGAAAAGCUGUAUGUGUCAUUGCUGGAUAUGGAAUACCAGAAACAUCCAAUCAAUUUGGACAGCGCUCUUGAAAUCUUCUCAAAGGCCAUAGAGAGUGCGGACUUGACCACGCACAUGAAGAUAAAGAUGUCACAGAGAAGGCUCGAGUUUCUCGAAGAUUUUGGAUCAAGUAUAGUUCAAUUAAAGGAAUGCUACGAGGACCAUCAGAAGCUAAUCAAGGAUCUUCAGGCUGCUGACAAGAAAAGAAAGGCUCCAGAAGCAGGCGCAAAUGGUGACGAUACGUCGACCACCACCACUACAACCAACACAUCUGCUGUGUCAUCAUCAACUGCAACAACGGCAGCACAAGUAGCAGUACCACCUCCAGAGAAAAAGAUGAAGACAAACGGAGCAAUCCAGCAGCCCACACCUCCAAUGCACCAAGGCAUGCAACCACAGGUGGACUACAGCGGAUAUUGGGCGCAAUAUCAGAACCAGGGAAUGUACAACUACGGUGGCUGGGGAGGUUACGGCCAGUACUACAACUCCUGAGACUAACUGUCGCCUGGUUAUUGUGCUUGUGGACUAUUGACACUGAGUCUUAGAAUUAUGAUGUUUUAUUAUACAUAUAAUUAUAGCAUGUGAAGAAAUUUGGUAAACUGUUGUGUUGGAAAUCAGGAAACUGGAUGGUUAAAAAGUAUAAAUGGCUACUCAAUGUUGGUAAAUUGAUAUUCAUUCAAAAUCAUUGUUUCAAUCAAAUUAUGGUGGUGAUUUAUAAGUAUAACCAGGAUUUAGUGUGUUUUUUGUAAGAACUAUUUAUAAUACGUACUAUAAUCAAUUAAGAAUUUCUUUGUAUGGUAUAUUUGAAUUAGUGUUAUGAAUGAAUGUUAGAAAUAAAUGACAUAAAAUGUU